CUGAUUUCCAUUCAUAGAUGACCUCAUUAAUUCAGGGCUGGAGUCGAACUUGCCCUAACUUAUACUCCAUUGCUCUGGGCAAGCUCUAAAUACUUCCAGGAUGGUGGGGAACCGAGAUAUGUAUUUCCCAUCCAGAGGUUCUGACCCCUGUCUCACAUCAGAAUCUAGAAUUAGAGUCAACUUUGGGGUAAAUCAGUCGCUCGGUUUGUGCAUUCGCAUCGCCUUUGAUAUGAGCCAGUUCCGAACGGUUUGCCGACACAGCCGACGACUCGAUGCUCACCUUUUCAGCCAACUUCAUCCAUCCUUUCUUUCUCCUGCUAUCAUUAUCGAAGGUCAGCGUUAUCUUCAAGGUACAAAUCACCCUGUGACAGUAUACCACACCAUGAAGCCUGCAGCCUUGACCGUGCUGGGAGCUCUAGCACUUCCACUCAGCUCGGCUCAGACCGCUAGACCCGACUGCUACACUAGCAUUGGUGAUAUGGAAAUGGUCGGUACAUCCGUAUAUCAGUCUACCGGGACUUGCAUGAACAUGUGCGGCUAAGUCAACGAGUACUACUACGCCACCCAAGGAAAAGCUUGCUGGUGUGGCAAGCAACCACCGCCAUGUGAGACC